CAUUGAAAGGCCUUCCAAAACCAAAUAUUAUCUUCCCAGACUACCAAUUUUCGGCCUUCUUUCACAACAUGUUCACAUAUUCUCCCUCCCACUUCAUUUGCAAUUCCUCUAACAAACACACUGCAAACAAAAGAGAUUUUGAGAGAAAGAAACAAAGAAGAUUAAGGUUGGGUUCUCUCAGAGUUUUUCACGUAAAAACUUGUAUUUAAUAGUCAUUAUGGAGCAUGAACAGCAUCACACGAUUAAUUUCGAAGAGACGGAGUUACGUUUAGGGUUGCCGGGAGGCAAGGGAAGUGACGGUGAAAUGACCAACACUAACGGCAAACGAGGGUUUUCGGAGACGGUUAAUCUGAACCUUAAUCUAUCAACAGAGGAGGCCGAAGCCGAAUCCGAAUCCGAGGAGUCCGAGAAGAUGAAGGAGAAGAGCUCUAUUGCUCCUCGCUCGACUGACCCUGCAAAGCCUCCUGGAAAGGCACAAGUGGUGGGAUGGCCACCAGUCAGGUCCUUCCGGAAGAACAUCAUGGCCGUCCAAAAAGCCAGUUCCGAGGAGGAGAGUGACGGCAAGAAGGCCGGCAACAGUAUAGCCUCCGCGUUUGUUAAGGUCAGCAUGGAUGGUGCACCUUAUCUACGCAAGGUGGACCUCAAACUUUACAAGAAUUACCAACAUCUCUCUGAUGCCUUAAGCAAAAUGUUCAUCUCCUUCACCAUUGAUAACUACGAGUCACAAGGAAUGAAAGAUUUCAUGAACGAGAACAAAUUGAUAGAUCUUUUGAAUGGUUCUAAGUAUGUUCCUACCUAUGAAGACAAAGAUGGAGAUUGGAUGCUUGUUGGAGAUGUCCCAUGGGACACCAAGAGCAAUAGAGAAGUGCAAGAACAGAUGCUGAAAUUGGUUCAAAAACAACAAUCUCAAUCCAAAUCAAGCCUAUGCGAAGAUCAAAAUCAGACCAUCUGUCAACCCGGUUUAAUCGUGAUCGAGCAAGAAGAAAAAAAUAAUAAUAAAAAAGGAAUAUUAUGAGGAAUGUAUUUUUGAGAAAUAAUAGAAAAGUUUAUUUUCAA